AUGCAAGACGACGUGGAGGCUGACUACGAAUCCGGUACACGGAUUAUCAUUAUGCAUGGAGACGACACUUUGUGUUCAGUGAGCACCAAUGCAAGUCUCGCCUCCAUCAUCCCUGCCACAAUGAACGCAUUGGUUAACGAACGGCAAUAUGUCGAUGGUGGCCUGUCUUCGUGGCUGGCAGCGAAUGAGGCUUGUUGGGCUGUGGCGCACGAGAAUGAAGAGAGUGAGAGUGCAGUGCAGGAGGAGGAGGAGGAGGAGGAGGAGGGGAAGGAUGGUGGCGAUGGUGCAGAGGCUGACGUUGAAGGUCAGGUUAUGAGGUGUGAGGUGUGA